CCUUCUGCGGCGCCGCCCGCCGCUCCUGCCCGGCCCCAGUCUGUGCCACCGGCCCAUCCAGGCCCGGAGGUACCGCUGGCAGCGCCCGCAGGGCCUGCCACAGCAGCAGGACCCUCCGGCUCUGGAGCACCCGCCGGUGCGGGUGCGGUCCAGGCAGGCGCUCCCUCGGCGGAGGAGCUCAGGCGGCGCUGUGCGGAGGCGGCGCUUGCCAGGCUGCAGGGCGCAGGCGGGUCGCGACAGCCCGGGUUGCCGACUGCGGGGGUGGGAGGAGCGGAGGCGGCGGUGAGUGAGGCAGCGGCAGCGAGGCGAGGAGGGCCGGCGUCGUCGUUGGCGGAGGGCGUUGGGGGCACGGCGGAAGGGAGUCUGGGCCAGAGAGCGGGUGGUGCUGCUUCUGCCGGACCGUCAAGCAGCGGGGCGGGUGACCGUCAGCAGCCCGGGCCUCUUGGGGGGAUACCACCUGCCCCGGGGUCUUCCGCGGCACCGGCGGUUGAGGUGGUUGAGCUGCUCGACGACGAUUCAGAUGAUGACAGCGACUUUGUAAUUGUGGCUUGAUAGCUGCGUCCAUUACGCAUUUCGGUUACUCGCGAUCCAGCGCCAACAGCAGGGUGAAGCAAGUUCGUAACGUACUGCACCUGCGCUGUACUUCGCCGGCGCUAUGAACUCCAAUGCAGUGUACGCUGUGCUUGCGGUGAAAUUGUUAACGCAACAGAUGCGUUGGCUAUGGCUGGAUGGUGUGCGGAAGCUUGGUCGGCCCUCGUCUAGCAAGGCGCAUCGGCUGAAACCUGUUGUACGGCGUUUCUCAAGUCCGACGACGACCAAACCAAGCUCAAAUGUCCUACACAUCUCCUUCGUGUGGAUCAUGAGCUAAACUCAAUCCCGCUAUGCUAUCUUUGGCACGUACCUUGUAACAGUUUGCAACGUCACGCUUCCAGCCCACUUAUCCGUGCUGCCGAAAUACUUUGUAUGGCUUUGCAUUUAUAACCAACAUGGCGCAAGUCGCUUUGACAUAGACGAAAGCUGUUAACUGAAGACCUUUCGUUAGGUCCAUCCGAGGUGGAAAUUACAGUCUGUUAAUGGACAAAGUCUUCUGAAUGUUUCUACAACUCUUUCGGAAACUUGGUGCUCGCCUGAAGGAGCAAUCGGCUGCACGGAAAUUAGAACGUGGAACGCUAUGCGGGAAGCAGGGGGCAGACGGCGAGCCUCCGGAAGCGAACUUGCAUUUAAGCAAGCCUGACUUGACCGUCGUCGCAUCGCACUCAGGACCAGACACAGGCGUUGCUGUUUAUAAGCAAUUUACGCCAGACCUCCAGGUGUCGUGGGAGGACCCCCUUGAUUGGGCCUAUGGCAUUUCCGUGUCCAUGUACGACCUGGGGCCAACGGGCCGCCGUAAUGGAGAGCCUGUGGCUGAUUGCUUCGGCAUUCUGGCCUAUCCGGAGGGGGCCGUCCUGGCGGUGGCGGAUGGCGUGAACUGGGGCGAGCCGCCCCGCCGUGCAGCGAGGUGUGCCGUACUCGGAUGCCUUAACCACAUGCACCACGCUCUAAAGCAACACGAGGGCGACUCCUCCCUGGACAGCCACACGGUGUUCCGGCACCUGGUGGACUCCAUAUCGGCCGCGCAGAAGCUCAUCCUGCAGCAGUUCGGCACCCUCACCACGCUGGUGGUGAGUGUAGUGCUGCCGCUCAAGUGGGUUCGCUCGCCGGGCCGGUGGGCCGCCAUCACGCUCACGGUGGGGGACAGCGCCGCCUACGUCUACCGGGCAGCCAGCAGGACGGUGGAGGAGGUCACGGCGGCGGCGCAUGCGGAUGGAGCACGCGACCCCCGCUGGUGCCCCGGUGCGCUGGGCUACGCCAUGGGCGAGGAGCCCGACCUGGCCAACAUGAUGCUGUGCCUCACAUUCCUGGACGAGGGGGACUUCAUUUUCCUCACCAGCGACGGAGUGGCCGACAACUUUGACCCCGUCAUCCGCAAGAUAGCGCGACACCAGGUGCUGGAGUCCACGGACAAUGACCUGCCCGCCCUCUCUCCGGCGGAGUGCCAGGCCAAAGCCAUGGACCUCCUGCGGGAGGUGCUGGUGGACGCAGACAGGCGCCUCUCAGCAGGAGCGUCCCGCACUCCCACAUCCAGCAAAUCGACCCACGGGUCAUCCACGCCCGCCACAUCCACACCUGCCACGCCCACGGCUGGUGACAAUGCUAGCAGCUCUGAACCCGCAGCAGCAGCUGACGGCGGCGAUAGGGGCACCGCAGCAGCCGGCUGCAACCACUGCCAUGUCGGUCUGGGUCGCGGCAGCCGCAGCGGCGGUAUGACAGCCCGGGGGCUGGCGGAGCAGCUGCUGCAGCAUGUGUACGAGGUGACGACGGAGCAGCGGCAGCAUGUGGAGGCGCGCAGCCGCGAGCGGGAGCGGGAGCGGGGGCUGUCGCGAGGGGAGGGGCCGUGUCUGAGCACGGACGGCAAGCACGGGGGGCUGAUGGGGCUGGCGCCGUCUGCGAGGCCGCCGGGGAAGAUGGACCAUGCGACGGUGGCGGCGUAUCAGGUGGGUCGUCGGAAGCCCAAUGAGGUGGCCCGCAGCCGCGCCCGCCUGGAGAAGCUGCGGCAGCAGCAGCAGCAGGAGGGCGCGCAGCUGCUGCCCUUCCUAGCAGCGCAGGCGGCCUCGCAGCAGCCGCCCGGACGGCAGACCUCGCCGCAAACCACCUUCACCACCACGUCUGCGGGGUCUGGGUCUGGAUCUGCUCGGUCGUCUGGUUCGGGAGCGGGGUCUGGUGUAGCUCCGGGGCCGGCGGGGGGCCAGGCGCCAGUGGGGCCGGUGGGGUCGGUACCAGCGUCCGGACCGCCGCCGCACCUGGCACCGGGCGGAGUGGCGGUGCCUGUGACCGUAACAGUGACGGACACGGGGAAGGAGAAGGCGGUGGGAGGUGAGGAGGGCGGCAAGGCUGCUGCAGGGGAAGAGAAGGGGGGCGCAACGGUGGGGGUGUGCAGCUUUGACUCGCCUGUAGCGUGAGGAUGCGGGCUGCGUUCUGGGCUUCCAGUGGUGGAACCAUUAGAAGACGUGAGAGUGGGGCUGUGGGAGCUGGUUCGGGUUCGAGGGUUUGGAGUGGGCUCGUUGUCGUGCUGGGGCCGGCAGGUGGGUCCGGUAACACUUGCGAGGCUACUCGCAGGCGGGAGGUGAGGGGGGUUUUGCGAUGUCCUGGACUGCGGGUGGCCCCAGCGGCAUUCCUCCGCCGGUGUCUGUAUAUCUUAACACGAGGAAUGAAUGGCACAGAAGAAGAAGAUGGGGCUCCUAGUAUUACGCUUUGGAGGCUUACGAGGCGGUCGUUGCGCAUUGCAAGUGUACAAUCCGCUACCAGCCAUGUAGUGGCCUCUCUGCUAUACAUGUGGCAUACUACGAGUUAUGGGUCGUAAGCGAAAGCCUUUACGCGCACGCGCAUAAACUGCCGCUGGUGUUUUCGAUUGUAGCUCCGUAGUGUCUGAGUUGUGUAUGGUUUGCACCCGGUUUGCAGUGCUUCAAGGGCUGAGUGCUCAGCACGAAUAAGCGUGGCCGGCUGACGCCUUUCUUCCAAACAAAACACAUGUGGAGUUGGUUUAUUAUGUUGUCGGCUUUCGUAGUUGGUUGGUCGAAUUGGGGCCUGGCCGUUGCUAUGGCCUUUCAGGAUCGGCUUCUAAGCCGCUGUUACUGCUGCUGGCUUCAUUUCGUUAAGUUCAGUUUGUUCGUCGCGUUCGUACGUGUGGUUUAUGCAAUUUCUCCGUUGUUUUGUGGCGUUGUGUUUUGGAAAUCGCGUUGGCUAGGGUGCUGCUUGCUGGCGCUUACGUUGCGUGUGGCAUAGCGGUCAAGGUUUCCUUUCAUACUUGACAACUGUUUGCUUUCUUUCCGUCAAGUGCUGUAGGUAGGUGUUUGGAGCGGCGCUACUGGUGUUUUGGUUUCAACAUGACGCUAAUAAGCUUCAUGGGUUGGGACUUCCCGAGACCCACCGGUACACACGGGGCGUCAGUUUUGCGGCCGGUUGCUGUGGCACAAGGAAUGUUGUCUCAUUGGAAUGGUAUUGGAGGAAGCAACAACAAGAACUGGGCCCCGUAGCUUUCUUUGGAACAGGGUGCUGAGCUGUACUGGGCCAGGGCCAGACGUGGUGACUGGUGCUUUCGGUUGUGUGGGGUAAAGAAGAAACAACUAAGUGACUGAGGGAUAAG